AUGCUGCCGUACCUCUUUCCUGACCUUGCCGUCUUUGCCACAGUUGCUGACCUAGUUGCUAACCUCCGCACUAGUGACGCUCGCUACCGCGCUGCCCUUCCCACUGCGUUUCUUCCCACGAACUCCCCCCCCAUGUACAUCACCCUUUACUACCUAGUCACCCGCCUCCCUGACUCUCUCUCCUCACUGUUGGGGCUUCUCGCGGCGACCGUCGCACCCCCUUCUUUGAGGGGUGUUCCCCUGCCCCCCUUCUCCCCUCUGUUGCCUCUGCUGCUGCUGUCGACCUCGUUGGCACUGAGGAGGUCGGCGCUGCGUCUGCCCCUAGUGGGCGACGCCGCACUGGCAAGGGCAAGGGAAGCAAGGGCUGUGGAGGGGGCGGUGGAGGAAGCGGUGGAGGAGGUGGAGGUGGUGGUGGGGGUGGUCCCGGGGGUGGGGGCGUCGGUGGCGGCGGUGGAGGCCGUGGAGGCGGUGGCGGAGGCGGUGGAGGCGGCGGCAGCGGUGCUGGAGGUAGCGGAGGAGGUGGUGCUGGUCGCGGUGCAGCCACGCAGCGUGGAGGCCUUGGUGGCGGCCAGCGUCAGCAGCAGCUGCGCACCCGUGAGACCCCGUCUGUUCAGCAGCUUCGUGAGUGGUACGCUGGGCGUGGGAGGUCUGGGGGUGCAGGUCCCUGUGCGUACGUUCUUCGCACAGGCACUCGUAGCGGGGAGGUGUGUGGUCUCCCACACACCACGCAGUGCUGCUUCGGCCGCCUGA